AUGAGUGUUGCGACUUACGACCCUCGUCCUCUCAAGAUCGAACAAGCCCAAUUAGCUGGUACCUUCUCGACCACUAAUAACGGAGCCGAGGCUGCUGGGCUGUCCUUCUGCCGUUUGAUAUGGAACCACCAACUUUUUUACACCGUCACGGAAUUGGCAUCAACUGUUCUUGUCGUUCAGUUGGCAGAUAAACGGAAUCCUGUUACCCUAAGAAAAGCUAUUGGUAUUGCAGGAAUUGGUAUGAUGCAUGUCAUAGGGUCCAGUUGGGACAACUUUGUCAGCAAUGUAAUUCACGGCAAAGGAUACACUCAUCAAGUGGCCCGUGAUUUAGGGCUAAUGAUUCCUGACCUCCUGCAUGUGGUGCUCCCUUUGCUGUUGCUUCGAGGUCGCUUCAGAAAAAUUGAUGCUGAACUUCAGAAAGAAUUUCUUGGAGUAAUUCUGCUUAUAUCAUCUGGUUUGAUGGUUUGCAAUUACUUGUAAGGAAUACACUACUGUUAUUUAUAUAUUCUAGAUGCAAUAUAGCCUAAGAUGAGUAGCUCUUUAGGGAAUGUACCAGUUUGGUAUGUAAUAGAGGACAAAAAGCCAUUAGCAGUUGGAAUAAAUUAUUAUAUGGUUAUGUAAAUUACAUUGAGAAAAUGGUUGAAUUUGUUGGUUUUUUUUGCCUAAAAACUUUCAUUGCAGUUUAUAUUUUAGAGUAAUAUUUUUUUAAAUUUACUAUUUUUUCUAUACUAUUUGCAUUUUUAUUAAUUUGCAUGGAACUGUGAAGUCAUUAAGAUGGAUAAAAAUUGUGUGAUAUUAAGUGUGAUUGAACUUGUAUACUAGGUAAUCUGUUGGAAAAUAGAGAAUGCUUUCAGAGUUACCUAUAUGGAAUGUUUGAAAAUUCCAUUUGCAAUUUGAGGAAAAAGUAGGAGGAAUCCAAUUUUCACUAUUUUUGGGUUUCUUGUUAAGUUUUUGGGUCAGGUGUUGUAAUGUUGCAAAACUUUGCAAUAGAAUAAUGCGAAGUUUGCAAUAAUGCGUAAUACAUUGAUUUGACUUGAUAUCAAUUACAUGGCUUGAUGUUUUGAUACAACAAAAUUCGAAUUUUGAGUACAACUUCCCUGAGGACACACUCAAUAACUAUUUUUCCAUUUUUUGUCUUUGUUUAGUUUUGUUGUUGUUAUUCAUUUGCUGUUAACAUUGUGAAUGACUUUUUCCUUCUUUUAAAUGUUAUUAAUGUUUUUCUUUGCAGUGUUAAUAUAUCUAUUUUUCUCACUAAGUACUUUUAUGCUUUAUUUUAUCCACAGAUUUGUAUCAAAAUAAUAUUUACAGGGGGGCUGAGAACUGAAAUUUACCUUCUGCUGGAUCUGGCUUUAUUGAAGCCAUCUUAUUUAAAUGCUUAAAUAUCUAUAGUAUUUUUGAUUCCUCCACUUCUUUUACUGAGUUUCUCUUUUUAAAUACAUCUUUUAUUAUUUUCAAGAAUUCUUUUUUUAUUAUAGUUUCUUUCUUUCUUCUACAGCUUUUACUCUCUUGUCCUUGUUCUCUUAGUGUAUUCAAUGUUGUUUUAUAAGAAAAAACAAAGCCUAAUGAAUUGUGCACCAAAGUGAGAAAUGCACAUGACACUUUUUUUAUCUUCUGUAAAUCUCUGGGGGAACUUCCUAAAAUUUUGCAAACCCUUUGGGAACUUUUCUCUUUAUAAAUGCUUAAUUUGCAUUUGUUUUCACCUUUUAAACUUGUAAAUUUUUUCAGAAUUUUAAAUCUUUCCUGGAAUUUAUUUUGGUUAGUUGACUGCAUACCUAAUUGCAUGGACAACUAUCUGAAACUAAAAUUUCUUGCACAGCUUUGUUCCUUUUUAGAGUGGUCAGUGGCGUAACGUUUGGGCUUGCAAUGCAGGCAGGCUUGGGUAAAAGAUGACCUAGUCUUAGGGGAUAUUUUUUAUUAUUUAAGUUAUUAACCCUAUAUGUGUUUGCUGAACACUUUUAUGAAGGAGGCCCAGAUAAAAAUUUUGCAGGUGAGCCUGCAAUCAUUUUGUUACAUUACUGAGAGUGGUGCAUAGAAACUCAAAAUGGUAUGGUAUGAAGAUUAAAAUGUUUUCAGGUUAUUAAUUCAUAAUAUUUUGAUGGGAUUCAUUAAGAAAUUCAUUGUUUUGUUUUUAAUAAAAUGAAUCUUUUUUAAAUAUAAAUCUUAUUAUAUCUGUAAAGAUGUGCUAAAGCCUUUCUCAUAAAAAAUACUUUUUAUGAUCUUUUUGUGAUACUGUUGCUACAAGAUUUUGAUAGUGUUUCACCAUCAUUUUGAUAGUGACAACUACUAUUACUACUACUACUUACUGAUGGCCUUUUUUCCUCUCAUAGUUUUAUACAAUAAAAAAACUUAUUGAUUGCAUUUUCGUGGAAUGAAAAUACCUCAAAAAGACAAUUCCUUUUUUAAGAGAUUUUUGUAUAUUCCGUUUCUGUAUGGAUUUUUCUAAUAUGCUUUUCUUUUUUUUAAAAUGAUUUUCUGCAUCUACCGGAAAUGAAAUAUGUUGAAGUAAGUUAAUGUUGUAUUAUUAUUCCGUUAUUACCAUGUUUUGUACCUGAAUUUUAAUUAUUUUUUUCUUUUUAGAUCUUAUAAUUUCUUCUUUUGCCCUUAAAUUUAAUGCCACUUAUAAUGUAAGAAAUAUAACUGAUUGAUUUUUAGUUUUGAAUGACAUCUAGGUCAGUGUUUUGAAUUUUUCUUUAAGGAAUGUUGUAGGAAUUGAUAUACUGCUUCCAAUUAUUGCUUCAUAACCACUCCUAUUGUGGGCAAAUAUAAAGGAAUUGAUAGUUUUAUAUUUCAAAGGCUUUCAAACUAUUGAUGUUUUGCACUUUUAAGCUAUUUGUUUUGUCCUCCUUGUAAUGUGACAGGAAUAGCUACUUAUUAUGGGGACACAUUAAGGUCCCAUUAUUUCUCUAGUAUCCAUAUUAGAGGCAGUAAAGGUCUGUGUAAAUAUGUGAAGUUCACGAAAUUGUGUUUUUAUUCGUGCUAACUCGGACAGAAAUUCUUCCAUGUAUAAAUGAAGAUUUUGUGAACUUGCAUAUUUCAGUAAUGACUUAAAGAAUAAUUUUUGGAUCAGGUACUGAACUGAAUGUUAGGAGAAAAUAAAUAAAAUAGUUUAUUGCUAGUUUAUUCCAUAAAGGCAUGUUUCUGUAAAUAUUAGUGAGUUACACUGAAAAGGAAUAAGAUUAUUAAUUACAGCAUUUGUGAUUAUUUGCUAAUAUUGAUAUUAAAUAAAAUUCAAGCUGUAGGUCUAUUUUUAAUUCCAUCAUAAGUAGACCUUUCAUUUAAAAAGAAAGCAUGAAGGAUGUGCUAUAUCUUAAAUCUUCUUUCUGAACUUGCUUUUUGAGAAAACGUAGAAAGAGAACACUUCUUCCACACUUCCAAAUUUCUUCCAAGUAUCAAAAAGCAUUCAUGAUUCUUCCUCUGUAUUAAAAUAGUAAAAUAAAAAAGUGUAUUUAUUGUAUUACUUCAGAAGAUGAAAUAUAAUGUGCAAUAACUUUUUAUAGUUGAGCAGGUUAAUAAGAUUUUGGCAUAGAAAUUCAGAUUAGUAAUUCUUCAAAUGUAUUAUUUAUCCGUCCAUUGAUAAAUAUUUAGAGAAAACAUAAGACUGGAGGUAUGUAAUUUAUUAUAGAACACUAGCAUACACGUGUUUUAAUGUUUGACAUAUUAAUAAGAUUUGACAGUACUUUUACAACAUUAAUUAUGUAUUGAAUUUUGUGCUGUAAAAGUUAUUGCAUUGAAGUGAGAUUAUUGUCACAUAUGCAACACAGUUUUACUUGCUGUGUUGAAACAAAUUUAAAAAAUGUUGGCCUUUUCUGUAGGAAGUUUGAUAUAAUUCCUGAAAAUUGCUACCUAUAAACAAUAACCAUAGAGUACCGUAAAAGCGAGCUGAUCUCUUUGGACAGCAAGGUGACUUUGGAUCAUUUGUGUGAUUUUAUUGGAUGGUCUUCCUCAGUUUGUACUGCUUUUAUGUUAAUUUCAAAAACAUUUCAUAGCAUUUGUUAUCACUUGGUUUGGUAGUACAUUGGUGUCGUAUUGGUGUAGUACUUAAUACAGUUUCAAAAUUUGGAGUUUGAGAGCAAAAUUUAAGGGGACGAAAAUGUCUGCUAUUGGUAAUAGUUUAAUUAAAAAUUAUUA